AUCAGACUCAACGGAAGUUUUGAUGCUACUUCCAUAUAUCGUGGCACCCCGAACCCAGAACUCGAUGCCGCUUGGGAUGCUAUAUCUGACGAUGCGCGCUCAGUUCGUUUGAUGCCUGAUGAACUGCUCAGAUCAGGGGAGAAACCUUCUCCCUCCAUGGCUAGAUAUCCAGACGAAUAUGGCGGAGGUUAUAUGGCGACGAUUUCAGCCAUUCACAUGCUCCAUUGUACAAACAUACUUCGCAGAGCGAGCUACGGCGACUAUUACAGAUCCUCUGAUUAUGCCCUCAACGGCUCCCCCGAGAUAUGGCGUACUCAUCUCGACCACUGCAUCGAAAUGCUCAGGCAGAACAUUAUGUGUCGUGGUGACGUGUCAAUGGUCACUUAUGACUGGGUUGAGGGUGACGAACUUCCCUCUCCUAAUUUCGAUGUUCCCCAUCAAUGCAGAAACUUCGAGAAGAUAUUGGAUUGGGUAGACGAGCAUCGCGUAAUUGUCCCUAAAUCCAAGAUGGUCCGCUUGGAGGAUACCAUCGACCUGCUUUCCCCUCCUUGA